CCUUGCCCUGUGUGUCGGCAAGAGACGAAACUUCCUGAGGUUGGGGUGCAGGGUCUGAAAACAAACUUUUAUUUGAAUGGUCUGGUUGAGGAGUUCAAACUUCACGAGAAGGUGGUGUGUUCUGGCAGCAAGCAGCUGCUGUGUGAAGUCUGUGAGGAAGAAAGUGAGGCAACGGAUCACUGCAUGGACUGCUGCAAAAACAUGUGCUCCAAAUGUACAAAAUUUCACAUGAAGUUUGCUCAGUUAUCAGUUCACGUUAUAAGUAGCUUAGAUGACAUUCGUAAAGGUAAAGCUUCAUCUUAUCAAAUCAAAUCAAAGCAUCAACAACAUUCAAAAUGUCCAAUCCACGAGGGCGAAGUGACACGGUUCUUUUGCAAGACAUGUGAGGUGUUGAUCUGCCGAGAUUGUACUGUCAUUGACCAUCGUAUGCCAGAACACUCGUACAUUGACAGAAAUCUGGCCACAUCAACGUACAAGCAAUCUUUAGCUGAACUGUUUUCUCCACUUGAAAACUCAAUGACCAAACUCCAGGAGUCACGAGAGAAAGUCUCAAGAAUGAAAGAAGAUUUAGGUGUCACAGUUAAGAAAGUCAUGGCAGAAGUGCAGGACAGAGCAGCUGAGAUACGAGCAGAGGUAACGGCGCAAGAAAAUCAUAUGCUUGAGGACAUCAAAAACAUCCAAACAGAUCGUGAACAAAAACUGGACGAAUGUGAGAAAACUAUGGGCUUGGCAGCGGAGAGAUUUCAGUAUUCACUCGAUACGGCUAAAGAGGUGACAAGGACUGCAUCGGAUAGUGACUUCCUCUCACUCUAUCCAACAAUCAGCAAAGAUUUGAUAUUGUUGGCAGGUCAGAGUAUGCCUAAAGUUGACAACAGGCUCGCUUUUCUGAAGUUCAAGCAGAGUCAGGGUGUUGGUGGCAUCAGUCUAGGUGAGGUGGUGGUGGAAGGCAAAUGGGAGCUGUGUCGGGAGUUUGGUAGACAGGGAAGCGGUCCAGGAGAGUUCAAUGUGGCUUGGGACAUUGCUGCUCGUCAACCUGAUGAGAUUGCAGUGACUGACUGCUUGAACAAACGAGUUGUGAUCUGCAGCAUCGAUGGGAAGCAGAAAAGCACGAUCCCAAUGGAAGGAUAUCCACGCGGCAUCGCAGCUACACGCAGCGACAAUCGUUUGGUGGUUGUUGAGGAAGCCACAUCCCAUGUGAAGGUGUUCAACAGCGACAACACGCUGGCAUACAAGUUCCCAACGGUGCCGCCGAGUGAGGUUGGUAAGACCGCGGUUGACCUCCGGAGCGUAGCUGUCAAGAAUGAUUUUACCAUUGCAGUGGGAGAUGUGGCGAGGAUGGUAUUGACAGUGCACAGCCCCACUGAUGGUGAGCUCCUUCAUACCAUACCAGUCAAGAUUAAACCUUAUUUUCUGGCUUUUGACAGCAAUGAUCGAGUUAUAAUACGUGGCCUUUCAUCACAGACAGUGAAUAUUGCCGAUGGCAAUGGUACUACAAAAAGCACCAUCAAACCCACCAUCAAUGGUCAACCAGUGGAACACUGCAACGGUGUAUGCACUGAUAGCUCAGGUAUCUAUGUUGCAAUGUGUAAUGGUGGCAACACCGGUCAUAUCCACCACUAUGACCCUCAAGGUGGCUUCCUCCAGUGCAUCGCACAGGGUCUGCACUACCCACAGGGUAUCACAUUCACAUCUGAUGGGCAGCUGGCAGUGGCUGACUGGUACUCAGUCAAAAUGUAUCGCCAGGUGUGAUACAACAUUGUAAUCAGUCAUGUCAAUUUCGCAUCAUUUGAGGAAUGUUGAUAGAAAAAGUAAAGAGCGGUCCUAUCACAUCAAUGAAUUAAAAGUUUUAGAAUAUUGAUACACCACGUAUUAUACAAAAAACGUGUACGUAUUGGAUUACAUGUGUUACCUUUAUUAUUUUGACUUUCUGAUCAAUCGGUCGAUUUUGUCCACAAAAGUGGGCGGUUGUCUUAAUUUCAUCAAGUAUAAUUAUAAUGAGUCACCUUUUCAGUUCAUUCAAAAGAAACAAAAGAAAAGAAAAAAAGCGAACAUUGAAUCAAAUCCGGUGAUAAUUUGUAAAAAGCGUUUAAGAAUCAAAUUAGGAAAAACCUAAAGGCAAAGAAGUUUUUUCAUUCAUGUAUAUUAACAUUCAUCCUCAUCAGUUCAAGUAAUAUAAGGCUCAACAAAUUAAAACGCUAUUAGAGAGAAAACUUGAAAUAUCACGAUUACAGUUUUGUUUCAAUAUCAAUUUUUCUGAUACGUUAGAUGUAUUUCGUUUUCAACAAACAACACACUGGUUCUGACAACCGAGGGUGUCAAUGUGAUAUGAAUACAAAUUGUAGCCCAUUGGCAAAAUUAUGUGCACAAUAUACGCUCAUUGACCAACUGUGAGAGACUAAAUAAACAAUGAAACUCAAGAGAGACAACAACAAAAAUGAAUUCGGCCCGAAAGCAUAGCAGGCCUACAUCACAAUAGUUCUGGCAAACUUUCAUCUUACAACAGCAGAUAGAAGCCUUUGCCAAGAAAUUGCGACACUUGUAGAGCUAAGCUUGAUCGUUCUGUUAAAAACAUAUUGUAAUUUAUAUUUAACCCGCCUGUAAAUACGCAGUUUAAGAAAUAUAAUCGUCCUAUGCUGAUUUUGACUUCGCUUAUUUCAAAACAAGGUUUUAUUAGUUGGUUUCAGUUGCCUCAAUGGGUUGAGCUAUGUAGAGAAAUUGAAAUUCGGGAAGAAAGUGGAAUAAAAAAAAACAUUCCAUGGAAAACAAAUGCAGUGAUUAUUACAACUCAUGAUGUUAAUCAUGUGAGCUAGCUCCUAUGAAACGAAACAUUGUUUUGUUUCUUUAAUUAAAACCAGCAUAACCUUCAGGUUAUUAUGUACUGUAAAGAAGUCACGAGAAAUGUUUGAUGUAAUAACUGACAGUUCCAUUAUAUAUUUAGAAUUUUCUCGACAUCUACGAUUAUAUGUUGUGAGUGCAUUUUAGAUUACAUGCUACUCAGUUUGUAAAUAUUGAAUACUGAAAGUGAGUAGGCCCGAUUUGUUACAGGGUUUCAAUUAAACCCACGUGAUGGGUGCUUGACCAAUAGGAAUGUAUAAGCUUUCCUAAGGAUUUUAUGACAAGGAUUAGCUUUUAAUUCAAAAGAAGAAAAAAAUGUUGGUAAAUUUUUAACUCAAUUAUCAAGAUACAUACUACAUAUUUGUGUACAUUUCCUUCAACUGUCCAAGAAAAUUUGACACAAUUUCCAAAAAAAUCUCGAGAUAAUUUAAAAACUGUUUUAAUAUGUCAAGGAGAGUCAAAUUCAAAAUUAAUUUAGUUGAUUAAUCUGUCCGAGACAUUUUUAAUUGCUGUAAACCUGCCUGUAAAUGCACAAUUUCUCCAAAUGGGAUA